AAUGCAAGCAAACACAUAACUCCUAUACUUAUAUAUAGAGAGAAAGAGGCAAUCCAAACAAAACCCAUCUCACCAAAGGAGCUCGGUCACAAGAACCGGCAAUCGGCGGCCACAAAGUGCACUAAUUUGUGUUUCUUCUGGUUAUUGAAAUUUUAAGGAAACCCACAAUGGCUGCCACAAAUUCAGUGGCGGAAGCAAUAAGGAAGGAUCUAAAACAAGUCCCUACAUUGCCAUCCAAUUGUACUAUAUACCGAGUUCCUGAGAUGCUACGUAAAGUAAAGCCAGAAGCUUACACACCUCGCUUGGUCUCAAUUGGCCCUUUCCAUUCUCAAAAGGAACACUUAAAGCCCAUGGAAGCCCACAAACUACAGUACCUCAAUGAAUUUCUAGGGCGAACUUCUCAAGUAACCUUAGUUGAUUAUGUCAAUGCCAUGACAGAAUUGGAAGAAAGAGUUCGCAAAUGUUAUUCAGAAAUCAUCAACCUUAAGAAAGAUGAUUUGAUCAAGAUGCUUGUAAUUGAUGGUUGCUUCAUAGUUGAACUUUUCCUUAGGAGGGAUAAAUGGGAACAAUACCGCGAUGAUCCCAUAUUGAGUAAGACAUGGAUGUCUCGAACCAUAAUGCGAGAUCUCAUCUUACUCGAAAACCAGCUUCCUCUCUUUGUUCUUCAGAAAUUAAAGAUACUUGUCAAUCGUGGUAAUGCCGAAGUUCGUGCUAACACCCUCAUUGAGCUUGCCGAGCUAUUCUUUCGUGGAAUCCUGCUACAUCAACGGCCGGCUAAGCAUCAUCAGAAUGUAUCAGAUUUGGAAAAAUUGGCAAAGAAUGAAGAAUCUGAAGAUGACCCUCUAGGAAAAAAGCAUUUUCUUGAUCUUUUAAGACAUGCCCAUCUCCCAUCAACUCCAAUGAUUUCAGAAAAUCAUGGAAAAUUUAGACGUAUCCAUAGUGCAACAGAGCUUCAUGAAGCAGCCCAUGUCAAGUUUAGUUUGGGCUCACAAACUUGUUUGUUUGACAUAACAUUCAGCUUUGAAACUUUGAAAAUCCCUCCUAUAAGAAUUGGAGAUUGGACUGAGUCUCUCCUUAGAAAUCUCAUUGCCUUUGAACAAUGUCAUAGUGAUUGUACUAAAUAUAUGACAGCUUAUGCAACCCUCAUGGAUGGUCUCAUUGUCUCUCCCAAGGAUGUUGAGUUGCUUGAGAAGAAUGGAAUUAUUGACAACUUCAUUGGUCGACCUGAGAAGGUAGCUGAAUUAUUUAACAAACUUCUUGAAGAGGUUACUAUACCUUUGAAUGAUUUUUACUUCUCUGGGGUUUGUGAAGAAGUGGAGAAAUAUUAUGAGAUGAUUAAUGCAAGUUCAAUGAUGGGUUAUCGUUUCAAUAACAGUUCAGGGGGAUUCAUUCAAUCCUUGUUGCAGAAGCUUUUCUCCUAUACUCGUAAGAACAACUCGCCAGCUUCUGAGGAAUGAGUGUUGUGUUAAAUAUUUCCUUUCUAAUUAUGAUUUGUGAAUGAUAUUUCUUUUCAUUUAAUGUGAAGGGGAUCCUUCCAAAGGUUUGGAUUGUUGGAUAUAUUUUAUAUAUGUGUUUGUAUCUAUCUAUCAAAAUCCAUUUCCAUAAUAUUUGAGUUUCUUG